UCCACUAUGAGCCAGCACAGGCUGCUUAGCAUUGAUUGUGUAUGUGCUAUCAUGGUGCACCAAAGAAGUGAGUGAUGCCACUGUUGUCAUGUUGAAAUGAUGGAUGCACAGAAAAGAGGAGACCUUGUGAGGCCAUGCUUUCCCUGCAGCUGCUCAUUAUGAGCACACUGUUUCUUUGUCUGAAAAACAAGAAUAAGAGACACUAAAAGCAGGUAGGAUUUUGCAGCCUUUAAACAGACAUGCACACAUACAAUAUUUGGAAUGGAGACAGGGCAGGUGUAGACACAGAAAUAUCAUUCAAUUCCUCAUAGACAAAGAAAGGAAAUUCAUAUAUUUUAUGAAUAAAGAUAAAGAUGUGACAUCUGCUGUUACUCUUUCUCUUGGUGCAGUUGUAAGCCAUGAAAAGCUGUCAUAACCAUCUUAGCAAAAUUGCUAGUGUCUCCUAACAUAGGUGGGAGGUCCUUGGUUUGACUGUGACUUUCAGUGGCCUCUACCAGUUCCUACCCAAGAGAUGACAGCAACUGGGAGUGAUUGUUCCACAGUAGAAUUUAUGCUGUACCAGCCAGCAUCUGCAGUGGGUGACUUAAAUGAGUUAGCAGCAUGACGACAACUGAAGAUAUCCUGCUGCAAGCAAAUAAUGUCAGACACAAAAAGAGUGAUGGUACACUCUUUCUCAUGAGUGAACGCAUUGGAUGGCUAAUGGGAUCAAAAGACACCUUUUCUGUCAGCUACAAGUAUUCUGACAUUAAGAUGCAGAAGAUCAGCCCAGAGGGCAAGGCCAAGAUCCAGCUGCAGGUGGUGCUGCAUGAUGGGGGUGCCUCCACCUUCCACUUCAACGCUCCUGACGGCGAGGAGGCGCAGAAGCGCGACCGCGACGCCGUCAAGGAGCUGCUGCAGACGCUGCUGCCCAAGUUCAAGCGCAAGGUCAACAAGGAGCUCGAGGAGAAGGAGAGGCUGCUGCGGGAGAACCCGGCCCUGCUGCAGCUGUACCAGGAUCUCGUCAUCACGCGCAUCGCCACAGCCGACGAGUUUUGGGAGCAGCACGCGGCCGAGUUUAUCAACAAGACCAGCUGUAAACAAGACGUCGGCGUGUCGGGUGCCUUUCUGGCGGACAUCAAGCCCCAGACGGACGGUUGCAAUGGUCUGAAGUACAAUCUCAACGUAGACACCAUCAACUCCAUCUACAAGACGUACCCGGCCGUGCGGAGAAAGUUUUUCGAGUACGUGCCGGGGCGCAUGUCGGAGUCGGAGUUUUGGACGAGGUUUUUCCAGUCGCACUACUUCCACCGAGACCGGAUCAACCUGAGCAGCAAGGACCUGUUCACCGACUGCGCCAAGCAGGACGAAAAGGUGAUACAAGGCGAGCUGGAGAAGGACCUGGAGGACCCGAUGCUGGAUCUGCGGCGCAUGACCGACACCACGGUCGGCGACGGCUACGGCACCUCCACGGACACGCCGUCCAGCUCGCAGACCAACACGGCCAACAUCAGCAUGAUCCGACGGUUCAACCAGCACUCCAUGAACGUGCUGAAGGCGAGCCUGGCGGCCGAGGCGACGGCUCAGCCAGCGGGCCAGCCGCAGCAGAACGGCCACGCCAGCGGCGGCGAGCCGAGCGCGCCGGCCGGCCCCGACCUGGCCGCCAAGAAGGCACGGCUGGAGGAACGCACCUGCUACGCGGACCUGGAGGCGCCGGUGCCGGCCGCCGGCCAGGCGCUGAGCCUUACCAAGGUGGAGCGCUACCUGAGCGGACCGACCCCGGACGCGCCGCGGCCGGCCGCCGAGCCGCCGUCAGCAGACGCCGCCGGCCGCCUCUGUCAGGGCGUGCGCCGCUGGCAGCCAUUCGCCGCCCGGGUGCUGGACCCGCAGGCGGCGGUCAGCGUGCUGGGCGACCUGUCGCCAGGAGGCGCCCUCAUGAAGACCUCUCACAAGGAGCGCAACGCUGCCGCCGACCUACCGGACCAGGUAAAAACAGAGCUGGCUGCCAUCUAUCGGUCAGCGGGGGAACUGCUACGCCACUUUUGGACCUGCUUCCCUGUAUCAACACCAGCGUUGGAGGAGAAGGUUGCCAAAGUGCAGGAUACGCUCCACAAAUUCCAUCAACUCAAAAUUCGGCAGUUUGAGGACGGCCUGUGUCGACAGGCGGGCCUGGGGCCGGACGUGACGGCCCACCUCAACCAGAUGUUGGCCGCCGCCUACGCCAAGUAUGAGCAGUGGCGCUCAGUGCGCCGGCUGCAGCGGUAGCGGCUGUGAUGGGCACGGGGUGGGGCGGCCCGGGAGCCGGCCGGCCGCCCGGGCCGCCCGCCGCCGGCCACCUAGUCUGGCCGCCGGUGGGCGCCGCCGCCGGUUGCUGUAACCGUUAAUUUAUGAACACAAAUACAGUCGAA